GAAUAAAUGGAGAAUGAAGAAUGAAGAGACAAAUCCAAAGUGACGCAGUACAGGGAUUUUUAACUAGUGCAGCCAUGUUCCAGUAGCUUCUUCCCAUCGACCAAGAAACCUGUUGACACAACUACAACUACAAUUACAACUCAACUUCAACUAAAACGAUCAAUCCUACUUUAAAACUUCCAAUAUUUCCUCACCACCAUCAUCAAUCUGACAUCCCCAUCACAAUCACACGCAACAGUUCGUAUCAUCACACAACACCUUCAAUCACACGCAUAAAGGUGUACUACCCUUGAUUUCUUCAGCAAGGAGAAAACUUACAUCGACAACUUCAAAAUGGCUCCCCCACCUUCUGCCUCUCUCCCCCUUCAGGAGAGGCUCAUACAACUCGCGCAAACAUUGCAGUUUGCUUGGUUUGUAGGACACGUCUCGCUCCUAUUCUGCAUUCUCAGAUACGGCCUUUCGUACAUAACUUUCAACUACUACUCGAGAUGGGCUACCUUUUCUUAUCGUACCGCCUUUAUCUCUGCCGCCGUUACCUACGGCAUCGUGGUUUACAAGGCAUUCCGUGCUCGCGCCAGAGCUGGAAAGGCAAAUCAAGCUGGUUUGAUCUCUCUUAUCGCUGAUGAGAAUGUUCAAUACUUGGCCAUGGCACUCGUGUGGCUCUUUAACAAGCAAUACCCUCUUGCCAUGCUUCCAUUCGGUGUUUACUCGGUCUUCCACGUCGCAACUUAUACCCGUACCAACCUCAUCCCAACUCUCCAACCAGCUCCACAAGGUACCGACCCUAAGGCUGCUCCAAAGCCAAACGCUACGGCCGAUACCAUUGGCAAGUUCGUCAAGGAAUACUAUGACACAUCCAUGGGACUUGUUGCUCUUCUCGAAAUCAUCCUCUGGGCUCGUAUCUUCCUCUCCGCUAUUGCAUUCCAAUCUGGUUCCUGGAUUUUGAUUGUUAUCUACACUGCCUUCCUUCGUUCAAGAUUCGCUCAAAGCGCAUUUGUUCAAGGACAAUUCAGACAAGUAGAGUCAAGAAUUGACAGCCUUGUUAGUGCCCAAUCUACUCCUCCAGCAGCAAGACAAGUUUGGGAAGCUAUUAAGGGUGCCGCUAAAACUUUCCACGAUGCUACCGACAUCGGAAAGUAUGUUGCCGGUGCCCAAGCUCAAAAGAAGACUUCGUAAACGACAAUUGCCGAUUCAACUACAAGAUUAGGUUACCAGUCGAGAGAUUUCUGGAAGUGUAGGUGAAGCACGGAAAGAAUGGUCCUUGGACUGGGAAGGAUAUCACAAAUAUGAAUGCUCAAAAGCGAGUAUUAUCAGCAAUUCAAUGAUGAAUCAAAUGGGUCGGGACUUCUUAUAUCCAGGUGGUUUAUACAUCAUGAUUAGUUGUCUAGGUCUUUUAUUCCGGAUAGUAGGAAAAGCUUGAAAAUUUGAGGACUGGGCAGUAAGGAUGGAUGAUGUAUGCGUACUUGGUAUCCUGACUGCUUCCUUUCUUUUUGUUUUUACUGCAGCGAGGGAGUUAUUUUUGUGCACUUGUUUUAUGUGGCGUGUAUUCAAAGUCUAAUAAUAAAGAUUUCAUGAAAUUCAAAUUGUUUAUCAUCUAUGUGUGAGUUAUGA